AUGACAUUUCGCUAUGAAUCGUUGCUGACUGUAUAUCGAUUUGUAAGGCGUUUACAUUUUGACGAGACAAGGCAUCCGCCAAGUAAUUUUCUUUGCCUGCAAAAGGAAUCUCCCUGGGAGGGUGGCAUACGCUCCGCAGGCGCUAUCUGGAGUCCACUUUUGCAAAAGAGUAGCUACGUAUCCGAUCAGGUUAUUCAUGCAAUAGAUUGGCUACCCACACUGGCUUCAGCUGCUGGUGUGGUUCUUCCCGAUCAUCACAAUAUAGAUGGAGUCAAUAUGUGGCCCUCGCUUAGUGAAAAUUUGGAGCCGCAGCCUAGAACACUCCUGCAUGUAUUGGAUGAUGUUUUUGGCUAUUCGUCAUAUAUGCGGGACAAUUUCAAAUACGUCAAUGGAAGCCGUUUUGAGGGACGAUUUGAUAGUUGGUUGGGCGAGUUGGAUGCCAGCGAAAUUGAUCCGCUAAGUGCGUACUACGUUCAGCAGGUUCUUUCUUCUGAAGUGCAGCAGGUUUUGGGCUCUAAUAGCCUGACUAGCGAGCGUAUCAAACAGCUCCGUGCCCAAGCAACUCAUCACUGUUCCAUCAACGGAACAAACCACAUGCAGCCUCUGUAUCUGUGCCAUCCCCUGCAAGCGCCCUGUUACUUUAAUUUGACCAACGAUCCAUGCGAGCACUAUAACCUAGCGAACCUGUAUCCAUUGCAACUACAGCUGCUCGAAAAGGACGUAAACGAGUUUCGGCUGGGAGCUGUCAAAAGUGCUCGAGUACCAAUACCAGAUUCGCGUGCAAAUCCCACUCUUCACGAAAACUACUGGGAAUGGUGGAAUGAUACAGAAACCGAAAGAGUUACCAGUGGGGCUGAAAAAUGGAGACCUAAUCUUUUAAACUUGAUUUGGCGAUAUUGUGCUUCAUUCUUCGAAUUUGCUUAUAAGUAAUAUUUUUGAAUCCUUCUUUUCCGAAAAAUAAAAUUGUUUAAGCGGUUGUUCUAAUGUAGCUAACAGGCAAAAAAAGGAA